CGGAUACGAGAGAACGAGCGCCAUGGACACUACGACUUCAGCCAUACCGGAGACUUAUUUAGCAAUGGAUCCAAGUCUUGAAGAACCUGAUAAGAAAAUCGCAGCAUCAAUGGACUUGGCGCAGCUGGUAGAGACGCUGGAGCGCGAGUUGGAGCGCGACCCUGAACUCGCUAUCAAACACAAGCCCAAACUCCAGCAACUGCUCGAGGACGUCUCGAUCAAUAUGGAGGACGUGCAGCGCUUUGCACACUUUGAUCCGUCUCGCAACUACACACGCAACCUCAUUUCGACGGACAACGAGACAUACGCACUCAUGCUGCUGUGCUGGAAUCCUGGCAAGUACAGCCCCGUACACGACCACCCCACGGAUGGCUGUUGGGUCAAGGUAAUCCAAGGAAAUGUAAACGAGGUGCGCUACGAGAAGCAAAACGAUAAACUCGUCCAGACAUCCAAUGUAGUGCUCACAUCGGGUGUAACCUACAUGGACGACUCGUUCGGACUUCACAAGGUAGGCAACCCACAUCCGGAGAUCAGAGCCAUCUCGAUGCACCUUUACUCUCCUCCAUACGAGAAGUGCUGUGUCUGGUUCGACACCGAAAACGCCGACAAGUCCUCCGUGUCCGUUGCCAACUACUACACGGAGUACGGUGAGGAGGUCGAGUACUCGUAA